GCUACCACCAGUGGACAGGAAAAGGAAAAGGAGAAGGAAAGCGAAAGAAAGAAGAGAAAAGAAGUAAACACUCGUAUUUAAUCUUCACAACCUCCAAGCUUAGCUCACUGACCCACCCACCACCACCACCCAUUUUCACUCAUAGCUUCUCUGUCUGGCUCCUUUCUCAAGAACAACAACAAUUAAUAAUGGGUUUGUGGAUUGGAUAGUUUUUUCCUUUCAAACCCUAAAGAGAAAUCCCCAGCAAAAAGACAAUCCAGCCAAGUUCAAAGUUCAAACCAAGUUCAGAAAUGGCCAGGCCUUUCAAUUCAAGGUACUUCCCAUUCCUCCUUUGCUGUUUACUAGCUCUUAUUUGUCUCCCAUUCAUAUACCCACAUCGCAUUACCAAUUCCACCUUCAAUUUCAAUCAUUUCGGUCAAGAUUCUCCUCACUUUGAAUCACAUCUCGCCCUUUACGGCCAUGCCAAGGUAGUCUCCACUUCGAUUGAGAUCUCCACUGGCCGUGUUGUUUACAAAAAACCCAUUAAUCUGUUUGAUGGAUAUCCAACCAGAUUGUCAUCCUUUUCUACUAACUUCUCCUUUUCGAUCUCAUCUGGAAAAGGGGUUGUUUUAGCUUUCUUUAUGGUUCCUAUUGGGUUUCCUCUAGAUUCAUUUGGGGACAUGAAAAACAAAAACAAGACUGUUCUAGUUGAGUUCUACACUUUCAUGAACAACAGCAACAAACAUGUAAGGGUUAACAUCAACGGUUCUGCAUCGAAUAAGUCUGCAAAUUUGUCAUCUCUCAAUCCCAGCUUGAAUGAAGAUAACAAAAAACUGCAAACAUGGAUUGAUUACCAAGCGGGUUCGAAGAGGAUUGAGAUUAGGGUAGGCAGAACAGGUGAGAUUAAACCAAUUGAGCCAUUACUUUCAUAUCGAAUCGAUCUUUCUCAAGUAUGGAAAGAAGGGGAAAUGCUUGUUGGCAUAAGUUCAUCAACUACAAACACAUCUAAGACAUCUAAUGUCUAUUCAUGGAGCUUUCAGAUGAGAUAUGUCCCUAAUUGGAUGCAUUCAUUUCCGGUGGAUCCAAAUUCUUUACCUGAGAAGACAAAAACACCCAUUUCUCCUCCUCCUAAGCAAAAAGAGUGUCUAUUUAGGAUCCUGUCUGCCCUAUUAUUCGGAACUGCUUGUGGAGCUGCAGGAGCAUCGUUUGCACUGUUUCUUUCGACGAUUCUGAGGAAUAGGCCACAGCCUGUUGCUCCAGAGGAGAUGGCUGAAGAACUUGAGUACAAGAAGCUUAACAUAGUAGCUGUAGACCAACAAUCCAUCAAAGAUGGUAAGAUGUAAGCUUAUUAUUAUUAUUAUUUGUGUAAAUCCAUAUUUUGGUCUGUUUGUUGUGUGUUGUCUGUCUGUGUUUAGAUGCUGUAAUUUGAUGAUCAACCAUCCAAAUAUGUUUGGUUAAGCUCUGUCUUGUCUAAUAUUUGCUGUGAUCAUUUAGGUACAGCAGCUUCAGUUUAGAUUCAAUUGAAAACCACUUUUAAUUA